AUGGCCAGGCUGGUGCGAUCAAAGAAGAAUGCUGCAAGGGCAGAAAGUGACAAUGCUGACCCGGAGACGCUUGCGUCACCUCCGUUAGGUUCUCCGAGACCCCCUCGUGUCAGCUUACCUCAUGUGGAAACCCAGUUGAAUAUGCAUCAGUACAAUGGUUUAUUCGAUGUCAGCUCAUCUGAAUGCCAAAAGGCAACUAUAGCCGUAGAGACUUCUCCGGAUUCCACAUCCGCGAGCCCACGUACUGCCUCGAAUUUUCCGAGCGGCGAUGCUCCUACCGCCGAAUGGUCCUCAGCCGUUGGCCAUGCGGCCACAGGCAAAUCUGGCCGUGUCAUCCAUAACCUUCAAGAAGAAAUCGCACGUUUGACUCGCGAAUGCAGUGUGUAUCGCUCACGGGCGGAAGAAACUCAGCGGAUGAACGAUGCUUUUAAGAUGCAGGUACAGAACAUGACCGAGCGUCUUCGGAAUCUUGAGCAGGCCAACGAAACGAAUCUACAUUCGAUCCGGCGCAAGGACAAGAAAAUUGAGGAGUUACGGACCGAAAUACAGAGCGAGAAGGAAAGACGACGUCGAGCAGAAGGAGAGACCGAUAAGUUCCAGCAACUGAUGAACGAGGCUCGUGAUGAAUUCCAUCGAAAAUGCGCGGAGCUACAAGAGAUUGCCAAUCACUCUCGGACACAGUACGACGUGCUUGCGAAGGCCGGACAACGUGAACGCGCAGAUCAGCAGAGGAAACUCAAAGCGAUACGGGAUGAUUUCCUCACUUUGAAAGCAGAACAUGAAAAGAGAGACGUACAGCUAGAACGCCUGGAUGCGGUCAUGGCGCAGAAAAAUCGCGAAAUCGAGAUAGGUAGAGAGAGAUUUGAUCAGCUCUUCGAGGACUACGAAGCAUACAAAAAGGCUCACGACGAGGAGGUGCGGGCCUUGAUCGAAAGGAACUAUCAAGGCGCAGCCAACAUUGAUAGUGCUCUCGCCUCUCUCAAGGCGACCGAAGAGAAAAUGAAAUGGGCUAUCCAAGUCAAGAACGAGAUUAAAGAUGCCCGAUGA